CACGUGACCGGUGGGCGGCGAGAUCAGAGCAUGGCUCAACACGUCACUUAGUUACAAUGUUGAUAGCAACCAAGCGUACGGAAUGGCCAAAUAUUAACUGAGGGCUUGAAGCCAACGGAAAACAUGGACGAUCACUCCGCAGAUGAAGGAACAAGAAUGGAGCCUGAACCAUUGUCUAAUACAACUGAAAUAAAGACGAGCGAUGUGUAUAAAGUGGAUAAAAACUUGCCAGCUCGCUUUAAUAAUCCGGAGUGUUUCAGAGGAUACAGACAAAAAAUGACCAACCCUUUAUACCAAACAACAAAUCAAACAUAUGGAAGCAAAAAACCAACAGUUCAUGAAAUGCCGACGACCUUCAGCGGAAGUCGUCGGAAGUUUUCUGAGCAUCUUCUGAGAAGUGGCAUGUACAAGGAUAACGGCUUCAACACGGCAGUGGACAAGAGCCGACUCACUGGACCCGAUGCAACCACUGCGUUUCACGACAGAAUCAAUUUCCAUUACUUAUACCACACAGAUGGGAAAUCUCAGUAGAUACAAUCUCCAUUUUGUACUGUAUGUACAGUAAUAAACAAGUCAAGCUAAA